AUGUCUUUGCGAUAUGAAACAGGUUACUCAUCAGCAGGCCCGGGUAUAAAGGGGGCGCAGGCGCCAUUUUCUUCUGUGUUGUGCUCCAGCCUUGUUCUUAUCUUUUCGACGCCGUGCAAUCACCUCGCACUUUCUCACCUCAAGCCACUUCACACUGUCAUCAUGAUUGACUACACCAAGAUAAUCCCUAUCGCCUUCGUUCUUGCACCUAUCCAAGAGGCGCGAUCCACUUCUGGUAUGGUCAAUCCAGCAGCAUGCACCCUUCCGGCUUUUGCACAAUCUUCUCCUGCUUCCGAUCCCCACGCCCUCCUCGACGAUUCAUCCAGCACAGACAACGCAACAUCGAUGAAAAAUCAAGAUGGUGCUAUGUCACACGCCUUCUCAACUUCAUUCUCGUGUCGUGCCAUCCAGCUCUUUACCAUAAUCAUUGGUCAAAUCGGUUUCCUCGCACAUCAAUUCCUACGUUUAUCUGAUGUCGUUGAUGUUCUCUCCUCCUCGUUCGAGACUCUUGUGCAGACCACCGACCUCGAAAUCAUGAACCUCUGUGCCACAGUGGAACUCGUCAAACAAGAUGUGGAUGCCGUCAAAGAUCAGACCUAUUACCACGAACAAAUGAUGACCCUCGAGGCUAAAGAAUUCGCUACCCUCAUCGCCAAUCAGCAACGCCAAAUUGACGAGCUCGGCAAACAACUCCACGAGGAACGCGAAUCCUCGAGAGAUAGCAAGAAGAUUCUUGACAAGCUUACUUCCCGUGUCUCGCGGGACAACAAGAAGCUUGAUGUUUUCCACAGGCGUCUGCGUAAUGAACUUGCCUGUCAAAUCAAAGACCAAGUUCAAACGGAUCGUAAUGUCAUUGACCUUCGCAAGGAACUGGAUGCCUUCCACGAGCGCCUGCAUGGCCAACUUACCUCUCAGGUGAAGGAUCAGAUCCGAACGGAGAACGACGUUGCCGACCUUCGCAAGGAUAUCUCUAAGACACUUUCUCUAUACCACACGAGGAUAUCCGCUCUAGAAUUUGCAUUAUCUCAAGCUAGACCACCUCCUUCACCUCAAGACAUCGUUUGGGACUCCAAACCUGUACAAAGUACUACCUUUGUGGAUGCUAGCACCAUCCCAAAGCGAGUUCUUCCUGGCUUUCAACAUCUUCCUACACCGAAGAGUGCUGCACCGAAGAAACAAAGGUCAGGUAUCUCAAUCUCUGCUAGAUCGCUUCGAUUUAUUGAUCGUGAAUCAAUAUACAUUCAGCCAUCCCCACCAGUCGGCUCGAAGGCAGCUGGAAUCCCGAUGAAGUUCACCACCCCAAAGACGUUUGCGACGGUUGAUUCCAUCAGGCAUCCAGUUACCGUCAAGUCUCCGGUAUCUAGUGUACUGCCGAGUUCGAAGAUUCUGACUCCUGGCACGAGGGCGUCAUCUGCGCCUAAAGAAGUACUCUUGAAAAAUCUCCCAUCCAAAGACUCAUCUUGUGAUAACCGUCCCCCCCGAGAGUCUGCGACUCUCGAGAAGAGUAAGGUGCAGGAGCCUAGAGCUCCUUUUCUCAAGAAGAGCGGCAGUGCCACCAUGGGCAAGGUGCAGGAGCCUAGAGCCCCUUUUCUCAAGAAGAGCGGCAGUGCUGUCAAGGACAACGCGAAAGUGCCUAAACCUUUGAAGAACAGCAAUGCUGCAAAGGGUAAGGCGCGAGAACUUAGUAACAACCGGGAGUUGCCUCCGUCCUCGUCCCCAGUCACCCCCGCUACCACAUUGCGUGCCUUGCGCUCGACGUCCCGGCCCGACGACGUAUCGCAUGGCAUUGCUAGUCAACUCGGGGCCCUGUCGUCGUUACCGUCCUUGGAAGUUUUGGAUGCUGCUGUGCAACUCCAUUCGUUGGGCAAUCUGCGUGAUCCAUUGCCUUCUCUAGAUUCGAUGUCCUGGCUCGACGUCGCAUUGGACGGUGUUGCCAAUCAACCUUUGUCAUCAUCAUCAUCCUUAGAAGCUCUGGAUGCUGCUAUGCAGUGUCACUCGCUGGGCGAUCUAGAUGCCUCGAUGCCUUCCUUGGACUCGAUGUCCUGGCUUGACGAAUGCCACGAAGUUUCAGGUCAAACUCUCCGGCCGUCAUUUUCCACGGAAGCUUUGGAAGCUGCUGUGCAGCUUUUAUCGCUGGACGAAUUGUGCGGGACGAUGCCCUCGUUGGACUCGAUGUCCUUCCUUGACAAUGACACUCUUCCUAUCCCUCCCUUCAAGAAUCUUGGCUGGAAUAAGGCACGAAGCAUCAAUUGUCACCGAGAACCUCUUCGCCCGUCAUCAUCCAUGAAAGCUUUGGAUGCUGCUGUGCAGUUUUCAUCGCUGGACGACUUGUGCGGGACGAUGCACUCAUUGGACUCGAUGUCCUUCCUUGACGACGAUGCCCUGGCGGUCCCUCCUUUCAAGUCCCUUCUCUUGGAGUAA